UCCCUUGUAAACAUUUUCCGGGGAGAUUUCUGUGAACCACAAGGGAAUGGAAACAUGGAGAUUGGAGAACAUUAACAGCCAACGGCUUCCUUUCACUUUAAUCGCAUAUUUCAUUUCCUUUCCACUUCCUCCGCUGCCUGAACAGCAACAGGUCCGAGAAAAAAAUCUCUCAUAUGGCAGCUCCACUGGUCGAAGGCGCAGCCGCCGCAGCUCUCCGAUCGGUAAUGAAUCGAGCUCGGCAGGCGGCUGAGCGCUCUGGUCGCCGUUUCGAUCAGGUCCGAGUCGUCGCAGUCUCGAAGACAAAGCCUGUGUCUCUCAUUCGCCAAGUCUACGACGCCACACACCGCUGCUUCGGUGAGAACUACGUUCAAGAGAUUAUCGAUAAAGCUCCUCAGCUUCCUCAAGACAUUGAAUGGCAUUUUAUUGGGCAUCUGCAGAGCAACAAAGUUAAAUCGCUUCUGGCUGGAGUUCCAAACCUGGCCAUGGUUCAGGGUGUAGAUAAUGAGAAGCUUGCAAAUCAUCUCGAUCGUGCAGUUUCAAACCUCAGGAGGGAUCCAUUGAAGGUUCUAGUCCAAGUAAACACGAGUGGAGAAAUAUCUAAAUCUGGGGUUGAGCCUUCUGGAUGCAUCGAACUUGCAAAGCAUGUGAAGUUGCGUUGCCCACAUCUUGAAUUUUCUGGCUUAAUGACAAUAGGGAUGCCAGAUUAUACUAGCACUCCAGAGAACUUUAAGACGCUACUGGAAUGUAGAGAGAAGGUCUGUAGGGCACUUGAAAUGGCAGAAGAGCAGUGUGAACUGUCAAUGGGAAUGUCUGGUGAUUUCGAGUUGGCGAUCGAAAUGGGCAGCACCAAUGUGAGAAUUGGAUCCACCAUCUUCGGUCCGAGGGACUAUGCAAAGAAGCAAGCUGAUUAGCAUCUAUCUUUAUUCCUAUUCAUAGUUGAAUUCAACAAUAUUUUAGUUCUUAUUCCACACAGGCAACGAAUAUGCCUUUCUGAUCGAUUCUCUGUCUCUUGAAGGGACGGGAAUGCAUUAAAUUAAUAAUGUAGAAACUGGAGUAUCUUCGUCUUUAUAAGAGAUAAGAACGCAUUAAAUUAAAUAUAGAAAAAAUGGAGCAUCCUUCUUGCUCCUUGCUGCCUAA